CUCCCCUAAUUCCCUCCCCCCUGCCUCCCAACCCUCCCUCACCCCGACUCCCUCAGACUCCCCCAAAUUCAUCCCAUUGUCAGCCUCUCGUCCUCCUCCUCCCACUUCCUCUCCUUCUUCUCCUCUCCCCAUCACCCCAAAAUCAUCCGUUCAUUCACCCACUGCCGCCACCUCCACCCCAUCUCCCUCUACCUCUACCCCAUCCACCUCUCCUGCCCCCCGCCGUUGGGGCUUUGCGGCCCCCUCCACCUCUCUAGCCCCCUCGUCCUCUCCUGCCCCCCGACGUCGGGGCUUUGCUGAUCUGGCUAAACGUGUGGUGAUGCAGGAAAGACUGAAGAAAGCUGAGCUGGAGGAGGCUGAAGCGGGUGAGGAAGAUGAGGAUCCUGAGGAGGACUUGUCGUUUGAGGAGAUGGAGGAGAAGGCCACGUCUGGAGAUGCCAGAGCACAGACCAGUCUGGGCAGAUACUACCUGGGGUUGGCUGAGGAGAAGGAGGCGGAGCUUAAUAACCGCCUGGCAGUUGAUUGGCUGGUGCAGGCCGCUAAGCAGGGACGGAAGAGUGCAGCCCGUCUUCUACAGCGCUGCUGGAUCCAGAGGAAAGGUAUCGGUGAGGAUAAUGAGGAGGAGGUGCGUCGUCUGUCGACAGAGAGCAGGUUUGAGCAGACGGUUCGGAAGGCGGCCAUGAUGAUGUUCAGGAAGCUGAACCCCGACAGGAAGGAGAAGAUGGCGGUGUCUGAGAUGAUGGAGAACGUUGGACAGGUCAACGCUGUGCACGGUACGACACACACACCUGGAAACACACACACACCUGGGGACCAAACCCAGAAAGUCCUGGAGAACAUGGUCACUGGAGAGAGUAAGUGUUUUGUUGACUUGGAUGACUUUGUAGAGAUCACUAAGAGGUAUGCCCAGGGCAUGGCCCCCAGCGCCGGCUCAGCCCUGACCCAGAGCCCUGCACAAACCUCUGGAGAGAAGGUGUUACAGUACCCUAUCACUGCGGUCAUCGAGGUGAAGGAUCAGCUCAUUGAUUGGGCGUCUCGCGCCGGCGUCCAAUGGCUGAGCACGGUGAUCCCCACGCACCACGUCAACGCGCUCAUCUUCUUCUUCAUCAUCAGUAAUCUGACUGUUGACCUGUUUGCCUUCUUCAUCCCACUCCUCGUCUUCUACCUCUCCUUCAUCUCCAUGGUGAUCUGCACGCUACGCAUCUUCCAGAGCAGCAAGGCGUGGGAGAACUUCAGUGCCCUAACAACCCUGCUGACCAGGUUUGAGCCUGGCCUGGACGUGGAGCAAGCAGAGUCUAACUUCGGCUGGAACAAUCUAGAACCCUACCUCUACUUCCUGAUAUCGGUGUUCUUCAUCGUCUUCUCCUUCCCCGUCGCUGAUAAAGGAUGGAUCCCCUGCUCGGAGCUGUCCACGGUAGCCAUCUUGUUCACUGUGGUCAGCUACAAGAGCCUGAGUCCUUCGGGCGCCACCUACGCCAAACGGGCGCUCAUCACUGAGGUGGCAACGUCUUUGUGUUCCCUGACCAGUCUCCUGCCCCAGAGUGCUGUUCUGCUGAGGAUGCUGAGCCACACCUUCACCACCCUGCCCCUAGGGGAUUCAGUGGUGAUGAAGAUUAGUCUGCCCUGCCUGCUAGACCUCUACCUCUACUUCCUGUUCUUCAGUAUGGCUAGGCAGCGUGGUUUCCGUGGGACCUACUGUUUCCUGGUCCCCUACUUGGUCUGCUUCCUGUGGUGUGAGUUCUCUGUGGUGCUGCUCCAAAACUCUUCCCCCGUGGGACUCAUCCGGACCUGCGUUGGCUACUUCCUGUUCCUGUUUGCCUUGCCCGUGCUGGCCGUGGGGCUGGCCGCCAUGGUCCUCAUCCAGCUGGUCAAAUGGUUCCUGGAGCUGGAGCUCACCAAGAUGAUUGUGACUCUGGCCGUGUGUGCGGUGCCGGUGACACUGAGGCUGUGGACGCGCUUCGGCCUGUCUCUCAUGGAUGUGUUCCACUCCAUGUCGCAACGCGGCGCCGUCAAGCUCAUCCUGUGCUGCGUCACCAUGGUGAUGCUGUUCUUCUGGAUGUACGUGUACCACUCUGAGGGACUGCAGGGGUAUAACUCUACGUUGACCUGGAGACAGUACGGGCAGCUGUGUGGUCCUCCUGCCUGGAAGGUGAAAGGUGUGGCUCAGACACAGAUCUUCUGUACACACCUGGACGGACACCAGGUGACGUGGACCGGGAGGUUCAGGCAGGUGCGUGUAGCGGAAACUGAGAACGGAGCCCAGUCCGUCAUCAACCUGCUGCCGGUGUUCAUGGGAGAUUGGUUACGCUGUCUUUACGGAGAGACCUAUCCUAAAUGUGACCCGCUGCGGAACAACUCUACCAACACCUCCACAUCCUCAACGGCCAACUCCAACACCCCCGACGCCACGGCAACCGUCGCUAAUGCUAACCUCACCGCCGCCGACUACGCCAACGCCACAGUGCUUGGCGUUGCCGUGCCGACGGCCGUCCUCCUCCGGCAGCAGGAAGAGGAGGAGCUGUGUGUGAUUAAGGCUUUGGCCAAACACACGUGUCACGUGAAGCGAUACGACAGCUAUGUGUUGGAGGUGGGCGUGGGGAUGCCCGAGGAAGACGGGGUUCCAGAGGACCGGGCCAGAGACAUCAAACUGGUGGCCAGUCAUGAGUUCAGACAGGUGUUGCUGCGCCUGCAGCCCGGCAGCCUGGUGGAGUUCAGCACUACGUUGGAGGGUCGUCUGGGGGGCCAGGUCCCGUCCUUCGAGCUGAAGGCCAUCUACUGUCUGGACUGUGACUCCUCCCUUCUGACCGCUGCCGGACAGGUGAAGAUCGAGAGAGACUGGAGACGGACCACACUCAACUCCGUCAAGUUCGCGUUCGACUUCUUCUUCUCUCCCUUCCUCUCGGCACGUAUCGACGUGUGACAGGACGAGAAAGGAGAGAGAUGUUGUGACGGAUUUCAAUUCAGUACAACUUUAUUUUUGCCCUGGAAUGUUUUAAUGUGUACAAUAGUUUGUCUUGGACCUUGUCUCCCCCUCUCCUCCCCUUCCUGUCCUAAAGGCUCAACGUGUGACCAACUAGUGGUGGAAGAGACAGUGGCAGCCAUUUUUCAAAAUGGACUCUGGGGGGGAAAAGAUAGGAAAUGGAUGAAUGAAGGAAUUCAAUUCAAUACAACUUCAUUUGUAGAGCAAAUUGGUGAUUAAAGGGAUGGGUUGAUGGACAGAUGGACGGAGGUGUGAAAAGGGGCGUGUCUCUGGUUGGAACACCCGAAGGGAACGGUUGCUACAGUUACACACAGUUGCUGCUGAUCUCUUCUGGAAGCCAUUUUGUAAUUAUUAUUUUUUUCCAAGAGGUGGCUCGUUACCACGGCAACAACUUCUACUCAGUCACCGGAUACAUUCACUGCACUGUCUUACAA